AUGGAGCAGCAAACAGAAGCUGUGGCAGUUCCGCCCACGACCCUCUUGACCUUGAACCAAAAACCAAAAGAAGCCAUGGAGCAGCAAACAGAAGUUGUGGCAGUUCUGCCCACGACUCUCUUAACCUUGCCGCGCGAGAUCAUUGCUCACAUCCUCUCGAACCUUGUCGACGAGUCAGAGGGCAAAUCGGACAUUCAAGCGGUCUUGAGAACUUGCAAGGUUCUCUACGCAGUUGCCCUCCCCAUCUCGGUUAGUGUAUUUCGGAACACUGUAAAAAGCUACAGCGGCUCAAGCGCAGCCUCUCGCACCCGCAACAUUCAGUUCCUGCGAUACAUUCUCAUUCAAAAGCCUUGGCUGGCUAAGAAUGUCAGAACAGUCAUCAUAGGAAGGUGUUCUGUGUAUGACGACAAAUACGUUGGCUUUAAUCGCCGACAAAAAGGAUAUGAGACAAUGUCAGACGACGAACUCCACGUCUACGGGUAUCACAUCGAGCAUAUCAUAGGCCAGCUGCCUUCAGGCUACACCCUUUCAUGGUACAAGCAGUGGAUGGCAGAUCUCAAAAGUGGUACUUCGGAUUCCCAAUUCGCCCUGAUUCUACUUUCCUGCACAAACAUUCGGACUCUUGUCUAUAUGGAACCGGAGGGCACAAGGCAUGUUGGUCAAUUGCUUCGUUUUGCUCGAAAUCUCCUUCAUAUCAACAUAGCGAUCCAGACUCCAGGAUCUGAAUGGGGAGACGGAAACCACCCGAAAAUGGCUAUCCCUCUCGCCAAUGUCCGAGAUGUCUUCCAUGAGACGCCCAACUAUAAGAAUGGCUAUAUGACCUUCUAUCUUGAGGCCCCAGACCUUCUGGCAUUACCCCGACUGCGUUUCUACGAGUGCGUCCUGGCCAACGGCGAUUAUGUCGCCGCAACAAUGUUCAAGGCCUUGCCGCGUCGAUCCUCUUCAGUGGAAGAGAUAGUUUUACAUUGUUCGUAUCUCUGCCCAGAAGCACUUAAGGGUAUGGUGGGCGCUUGCAAGGCGUUAAAGAAGUUCGAAUUCACCUACGGCAGGCUUGUGACGUCUCCUGAUCUCAUGACACCCAGAGAUAUCAUCGAGGCUCUACUGCCUCAUGCUGAUACACUUGAAGAGCUUUACAUACACUUGGAAGAUAAUGGCGAAAAGGACUGGGAUUGGGUUGAGAGCCCCGAGAAGCUGUACCUGGGGCCGAGGCUUCACAAGCUGCGCUUCUUGAAGAAGCUGACCGUAGGCAUGCAAGCCCUCACUGGAAUGCUUGCUUUUCCGCCAAAGCCUGAGGACGACUCUGAGCAGAUGCCAUUGGAGAUCGAGGGAGCGCGAACGAUCGUUGAAUGUCUUCCGGAGAGGCUGGAAAGCCUCUUGGUUCGUGACUGUGGGGUGGCAAUCGUGGACCAAAUGGAAGAGCUUCUCGCGGUCAUUGAAAGUGGUAGCCGUUUCGAAAAGCUCACCGACAUUCGACUGGUUUUCAAUGCCUGGAAGAUGGACAUGGAUGUCGAUGGUCCAGAAAUCACCCGAUUGAACAGAGAUUACGCCAACGUACGACUCAAUAUCGUUCUUCAGAACGAUCUGGCAUAUCUCUACGACCUGGGAUUCCUCAUUACCGAAGAUGACGAGUACGUAACCGAGAGAAACCCCAUGUCACGAGUUAACUCGCGCCAUGUCCGAGAUGAGUAUCUGGAGUCCCGAGGGAAGGUCAGCAACGAGUUUGAGAUGGUUCCGAAUAUUUUUGACUGA